CUCUGCUCCAAACAACAUUCUCUCUCUCUCUCUCUCUCUCUCUCUCUGCUUUGCUCUGCUUCGUUUCUGUGUAACACUUUCAAAUUUGUACUCGCAGAGGAACUGUUUCUGAGUGAUCUGGCUUCGACCCUCCUCUGUUUCUCCCAAAAAGUUCGAGACUUGCACUGCAAAUGAUUCGCUUCUUCAGCCUCCACCUCCAUACCCGUCUCUUUCUCCUCCUCAUUUUCGCCGCCACACCCCCCUGCCUCUCUCAGACCGACGUGCCGUCGCCGGCUCCGGCUCCGGUGGCCGAGGUGUGCAACGGCGUGCUCCUGACCUACCUCUAUGCCGGGGGCACCCAGCUCCCGCCUGACGACCCGGCCCACCAGGCCUACCGGUUCCAGUCGGUCCUCACGGUGACGAACAACGGGGUCGACGAGCUCAAGUCGUGGAGGGCGUUCGUGGGGUUCCAGAACGAUGAGCUGCUGGUCUCCGCCUCCGGAGCCGUCCUGGCCGACGGGUCGAGCCUGCCCGCGACCGUCGGCAACAACGGCACCGUCCUGGCCGGCUUCCCAUCGACGGACCUGCAGACGGCGAUCCAGACGGCGGGAGAUUUGACGCAGAUGCAGGCGCAGGUCACACUGGUGGGGACGCAGUUUGGGGUGAAGCCGCCCAGCGUGCCGAUGCCGGCGAACAUCUCGCUCGCUAACGAUGGGUUCGUUUGUCCUGAGCCGACCCUGCAAGGGAAGAAUUUGAUGCUGGUUUGCUGCACUCAAGAUCCCAAUUUCAAGACGAACAUCACCGUGGCCGACGAAUUCUUGCCCCGUCAGAGUGGCGAUCUCACGAUCAUGUACGACGUGAUCCGGACGUACGACACGAACUACUGGGCGCAGGUCACGAUUUCGAAUAACAACCCCCUCGGCCGUCUUGAUAAUUGGGAAUUGAGCUGGGACUGGAUGAGGGAAGAGUUCAUCGCCUCCAUGAGGGGGGCUUAUCCCUCUAUUGUGGACUCGAGCGGCUGUUUGUUCGGAUCGCAAGCUUCGCAGUACACUGAUAUGGAUUUCUCCAACGUCUUGAAUUGUGAAAGGAGGCCCACCAUCAUUGACCUGCCGCCGACGAAAGCUAAUGACACGAACCUCGGGUUGAUUCCUAAUUGCUGUCGGAAUGGCAUGAUAUUGCCUCCGUCCAUGGAUUCGAGCCAGUCGAGUUCUGUGUUCCAAAUGCAGGUCUACAAAAUGCCGCCGGACCUCAACCGGUCGGUGCUCUUCCCACCCCAGAACUGGAGGAUCAACGGCACACUCAAUCCCGAUUAUCAAUGCGGUCCUCCCGUUCAAGUGAGCCCCAGCCAAUUCUUCAGCCCCAAUGGGUUAUCGUCGAAUACGACCGCCUUUGCUAGCUGGCAGGUGGUGUGCAACAUCACACAGCGGUCGACUCCUAGGUGCUGCGUGUCGUUUUCUGCCUACUACAACGAAUCUAUUGUGCCGUGCAGGACGUGUGCCUGUGGCUGCGCGAGCAGCGCUAGCUCUAACUGUAGCGCCACCUCCCCCGCGAUCCUCCUCCCAUCCCAAGCGCUCCUUGUUCCGUUUGACAAUCGCACUGCAAUGACGCUUGCUUGGGCCCAAAUAAAGCAUCUCCAAGUGCCGAAACCAAUGCCUUGCGGCGACAACUGUGGAGUCAGCAUCAACUGGCAUGUCAACACCGAUUACAGCAAUGGUUGGACCUCCAGGAUCACGAUCUUCAACUGGGGUGAGACUGCAUUUGUCGAUUGGUUCACUGCGGUCGAAUUGGAUAAAGCGGCUGCCGGGUUCCAGGCGACGUACUCGUUCAACGGGACUCUUAUGAACGACGUGAAGAACACGAUUUUCAUGGAGGGCCUCCCUGGAUUGAAUUACCUCAUAGGGGAAGCAGAUGGAGCUGACCCCAGGGCAGAUCCCAAGGUCCCCGGGAAACAGCAGUCAGUGAUUUCGUUCACCAAGAAGAACAUCCAGGGGAUCAACGUGCCGAACGGAGACGGUUUCCCUACGAAAGUAUUCUUCAAUGGGGAAGAAUGCUCGCUUCCAACCGCGAUUCCAACGGGCAAUAGUGCCAGGAUUGGUUCAUCUACUACGCUUUCGAUCUUCCUAGCAGUGAUCAUUGCCACACUGAUACUGCAAUAAUUGAGCGAGGAGAUGCGGCUUUGUGUUUUUUUUACCUCUUGAUGAUUCUUUUUGAUUGUUCUCCUAGGGGGAUUCCUGCCGUAUAUGCUCAAUCAGGAACUUUCAGAAUACUUCUUGCAUUCACACAAGGACACAAGUGUAUCGUUCGGCACGUCACAAUUACCAAAUCUCUUGGCAUUUCCGGUGUAAAGUGUCUGUUUUUUCAUGCCUGUUGUUCAUCUGAUACACACACACAGCUGUAUCGAACGAGGAAGUGAUUCACAUAGAAUGAUCUCUUCUGCUUUGGCGGUC